AAAACACAAAAUUAUUGUUGAUUAAUGAUUUUACCAUUGUGAUGCAUAACUCUAGAUAAUGAUACAUUUAAAAUUAGCGUUAAACACUUUAACGUUUGCUAUGCUUUGUGAAGUUCGCAAUCUUUCGUUUCGGUUUGAAGUUGAAAAGCAUUAACCAAUUGCUGUUCACUUCCGCUAUUUUCGCAUUGCGUCAAUAGUCACUUUAAAACGUGUGAAGCCACGCGGUUUCUUAUUUAGGCGUUUUAAACGGUCACCGUUAUUAUAUUACAUAUAUUUUAGAGUUGAAAUGAGCUGUCAAAAAGGAAAUGUUUCCCGUUCGCGAGGCCAAAAACACCAAAACGUAACUGCCUUCAAAAAUGACAAGUACGGUGCAAGCGCACAAGUUAAGAAAGCCAAAACAAAGGUUCAUGAUGGUGUCUGCCAGCACUGCAAAGAUGUGCUAGAGUGGAAAGUCAAGUACAACAAAUACAAGCCCCUGACACAGCUACGAAAAUGUGUGAAGUGUCUUCAGAAAACAGUGAAGGAUGCCUAUCAUAUCAUAUGUAAGCCAUGUGCUCUAAAGUUGGAGCUUUGUGCCAAAUGUGGGAAAAAGGAAGAGAUUGUUAUUCCGCUUGACCAAAAGGAGGAAGAAGGAGAGGUAGAAGACACCAACAAGCCAAAUAAAGGAAACAGGCAGAAAAAGGAGGAGGAGGAGGAGGAGGAGGAGGAGGAGGAUGAAGAUUUCGAUGACAUUGGCAUUAGCAAUGAUGAAUGUGAUAGUGAUCCAGAAGCUGAAGGAGAUUAACAUUUGCCAUCUUCUGUACAGCUAAACUCAAGAACACUGUGUCUAAGGGAACAUGAGACUGGAUACUGGGCAUGUGCUCACCUGUUCACCUGCUGUUAAUUGGGGAAAGACUCCCAGGAGAUGUUUUCCUAUUGACUGAUUGUGAUUGUUUGUUCUCAUCUAAACCACUUGCUAUGAUCUAGCAGGAACUGACUAAUUUACAACAACAACAAAAAACAUUUUAAACCAGUAAAUCCAACAGCCCUUUCCUGCUGAAUUAGCAAGGUCAUGUUGCUACCUAAAUGUUUUGUACAGAGAAAACCACAUCUUGUGGUUUCCCACAAGUAGCUUUCCCACAAGCUGAUGUAAAUUCUAAUGUAGAAGGCGCACCGUGUCAUGCACACAAAUACAAAACAGUGUCAUGGUAACAUCAUGACGUGACACUAAAAUAAUGCAAUUAAUUUAACAACAGAAGAUGUAACAUAAAACCCUAAUGGACAUAAAUGACAAACUAAGAAACGCAGUUAAUAAAAUGAAAAGUCAUCAAAUGUGAAGCAUCGCAUAGAAUUCUGGGAAUGUCAGUUUAUGGCUUUUCAUUGCAAAUUAUAAGAUGAUUUUUUCUUUUUACAUCAGAAAAUAGUUAAUUUAACAGUAUUUUACUGUAAAAUUACACAAGAUGUUAGGUUAGAUCUAUUACAGUUUUUCUUCGUAUAGUACACAACUUUACUAUAACCAAUAAACAGGUUUUUACUGUCACAUUCUUCUACAGUUAAAAUUACAAUAAUUUUUAAGAGUGCCAUUCAUGUUAUCUGUUAUGAAUGAGUGCCUGUGUGAAUGAAAUGUGCCUCACAAUUAUAUUAAGCACAUUUGGUCUUUAAAGUCCUUAUGUAAAUGGAAAAAAGUACAUAGAAAUUACCGAUGAAACAGGUCCAUUUAAUAAACGGCCUACAAGCAAAUGUUGACCAUGUUGCUUAGCACAAAUCUA